AUGGUGGGUGAAACAGGGAAGUCAUUUGGUUUGGGAUGUGACCCAGUGGUGGGAUCGCUGACUUCUUCAAAGAAGAGGGAAUACAGAGUUACAAAUCGUCUCCAAGAGGGGAAGCGCCCUCUAUAUGCUGUUGUUUUCAACUUCAUUGACUCCCGCUAUUUCAAUGUUUUUGCCACUGUUGGUGGCAAUAGGGUUACUGUUUAUCAAUGUCUUGAAGGAGGAGUCAUUGCUGUUUUGCAAUCUUACGUAGACGAAGAUAAGGAUGAGUCUUUUUACACAGUGAGUUGGGCAUGCAAUGUUGAUGGGACCCCAUUUGUUGUGGCUGGAGGAAUCAAUGGAGUAAUCCGAGUCAUUGAUGCUGGCAAUGAGAAGAUACACAAGCAGAGUUUUGUUGGCCAUGGAGACUCUGUAAAUGAAAUCAGGACUCAAACAUUAAGGCCAUCACUUGUGAUAUCUGCAAGCAAAGAUGAAUCUGUCCGCUUAUGGAAUGUUCAAACUGGAAUAUGCAUUUUGAUAUUUGCUGGAGCUGGAGGACAUCGUAAUGAAGUCUUAAGUGUAGAUUUUCAUCCAUCGGAUAUAUAUCGUAUUGCUAGUUGUGGCAUGGAUAAUACUGUAAAAAUAUGGUCUAUGAAAGAGUUCUGGACAUAUGUAGAAAAAUCAUUCACGUGGACAGAUCUUCCUUCCAAGUUUCCCACAAAAUAUGUCCAGUUUCCUGUAUACAAUGCGUCAGUUCAUUCAAAUUAUGUUGACUGUAAUAGGUGGCUUGGUGAUUUUAUCCUCUCAAAGAGUGUUGACAAUGAAAUUGUCUUGUGGGAACCUAAAGUGAAGGAACAAACACCUGGGGAGGGUGUAGUUGACAUCCUUCAGAAAUACCCUGUUCCCGAGUGUGAUAUCUGGUUCAUCAAGUUUUCUUGUGAUUUCCAUUUCAACGUAGCUGCUGUAGGCAACAGAGAGGGGAAGAUUUUUAUUUGGGAAUUGCAGUCAAGUCCUCCUGUACUUAUUGCAAGGUUGUCACAUCCUCAAUCAAAAUCUCCAAUCAGGCAGACUGCUACAUCCUUUGAUGGAAGUACUAUAUUGAGUUGCUGUGAGGAUGGGACAAUAUGGCGUUGGGAUGAUGUUACAAACUCUCCAACCUAA